AUGGCAGCCAUGAGCUGGGACCACUCACCAAUGGGCUGUGGUGCCGUUGGGGAGGUUCAGCCUGUGGAAGAGAGUUUGGACGUGCUUGAUGGGCUGUGCUCAGCUGCACCCAGGAAAAAGCGAGCCUUCCCCUCCCAGCGGGGAUCCCCUCCAGGGAUCCUGGAGCUCCGGGGUCGGUGCCGGGACUACCGGGGUGGCUGGCUGACCGGCGCCCUGUGUGAGGACCUGUGCGUGGCGGGGCAGCUGCUGUACCAGCGCUGCCUGUACUACGAGCGUGGCAAGAAGGUGCUGCAGGCCCAGUGGCGUGGCCGGCCCGUCGUCCUCAAGUCCAAGAGGGAGGCCUUCUCCAGCUUCCCGCCCCUCGGCCUGCUGGAAGAGGAGGCCGGGCCGGGCGGUCAGGGCAUCUCCGAGGCGGACCUGCUCCUGCUGGUGGCCGGGGAGGUGAAGAACGCGCUAGGUCUGGAGCUGUCGGGCAGCAGCAUGGGGCCCCUGUGGCCGGCCAGGAGAGGCCCAGGCUGGCGGCGGCAGCUGGACAGCGCCUGGUCCCUGCUCCAGCAGGAGGAGUAUGUGUACUUGAGCCUGCUGCAGGACCUCAGUCACCACGUCCUGCCCGUGCUGGGCUCCUGCGGCCACUUCUAUGCUGUGGAGUACCUGGCCCCCGGCAGCCCCCACCACGCAGCUCUCUUUCCGCUGGACGACUCUGGCCCCAGGGGGGGACAGGCUCGGGCCACCAGCCGCAUUGCCCUCAGCUUCCUGGACAUGGUGAGCCACUUCGACAACGACUUCUCCCAUCGCCUCCACCUCUGCGACGUCAAGCCAGAGAACUUUGCCAUCAGGAGUGACUUCACAGUGGUGGCGAUCGACGUGGACAUGGCCUUUUUUGAACCUAAAAUGAGGGAGAUCCUUGAGCAGAAUUGCACCAGAGAUGAGGACUGCAAUUUCUUUGACUGUUUCUCGAGGUGUGAUUUGCGAGCAAACAAGUGUGGAGCCCAGCGAGUCAACAGCAACCUACAGGUCGUCUGUGACAAGAUAUUUCGUCCCUGGUUCUCCUCCACUCUGCGGAGCCCUGUCGUCUCCUCCCAGCUGGAGCUGCAGCUGCAGCAGGCCGUGCAGGAGUGCGCAGACGCAGGCGGCAGCGCCUGGAGAGUGGCCCCUCACGUGUUCUGGAAGCUUCAGUGGCUUCUUCAGGCCAUCCUGAGAGAGCUGCAGGAAGCAGAGAAGUAGCUCUUCGCCUUGACCCUUGCACACAGGGAAGGACCUUCAAGUCAUUCCUGCGGCAGCCAUUUG